AUGGGUCACCAAGUUUCUUCUUCUGCCAUCCAACCCCUCAGGGUAGCCAUCAUUGGACAAAGCGCGUUUGCAGUCGACGUUUUCCACAGACUAAGGCAGCACGGACAUAUCAUAGUGGGCGUUUUCACUAUACCAGACAAAGGAAAACGAGAAGACCCUUUAGCUAAGGUAGCUGCCGAUAAUGACGUCACUGUGUUCAAAUUCAAGGCCUGGCGGAGGCAAGGCAAACCUCUUCCGGAGGUUUUGGAUGCCUACAAGAGCGUCAACGCGGAAUUGAACGUCCUUCCCUACUGUUCCCAAUUCAUACCAAUGGAAGUCAUUAAUUACCCUCGACUGAGCAGUAUCUGCUACCACCCUUCCUUGUUGCCAAGACACCGAGGAGCCAGCUCUAUAAAUUGGACCCUCAUCUGUGGAGACCAAAAAGGCGGGCUGUCGAUCUUUUGGGCUGACGACGGCUUGGACACCGGUCCGAUCCUGCUCCAGGAAGAAUGCGAAGUCCUCGAAGACGACACAGUGGACACCUUGUACAACCGCUUCCUCUACCCCGUUGGU